AUGAGUAUUGGAGUUCUCGCUUUAGAAGACCUUCCAAUCAACAAAGGUUAUCGUGAUCUUUCAAAUUUUCGAACAGAAGCUUUUAACCGAGCUCGAAUGAGAGAGGCAGGAGUACUUGCUCCAACAGAAGAUGCACUUUUGACAGAAAUGAGUGAUAUCAAAAAUCAAUUUUCCGAUUUUGUUCUUCGAUUGAAGACUUUAAAGUCGACAAUGAGAAGAAAGAUCACAGUAUUUUCUCGAAAUGAAGGCAAUCUUGUUGGACAAUUCAGGUAUAUAUUUGAGGCUAUUUCAUCAAAAUUUUUAUGGGUUUUUGUUGGGACAAAUACUCAACAAAAAGCUAUCAACAGUUAUGGCCUUUAUUACCACGAAUGA